UGCGGGAUGGACACUCCGGAUCCUCGAAAGCGGAGCAAGGUAGCACUGAACCCGAGGAAGGUACUGUCGACUCCCAUCUCAAAGCAACUCAUCUCCCCAUCAUUAUUACUCCAUACCCUCUUCGCUUUCACUUUCUGGUCAACGCGAGAAUGGAUCUUUAUGCAAGGGGUCGGAGCCUUCUGGGUUAUUAUGCGCCUUCUGGCGUGUAUUGGGUUGGGAGUCAUGGUUAGAGAAGCGUAUACGGGCGGGUUGGGUAAAUUGGCGUCGGCCAUUCGCUACGUGGAUCGGCCAGUUGUGGCAGUCACUUCCGUCACUACCUUCGUGCAACAAGCCAGUCUUGUGAUAGUGCUCUCCCAAUUACCACCUUCUCGAGCUUUGGUUUACACUCGAUUUGCUACGGUAUGGUCCAAGGCUCUCGUCAGUUCCACUUCGACUCUCCAGCGGAUGUCAAUCCUCGCCAGUCUCUCUUUAUCAUUCGCGUCCGACUCCGGGUUCUCUAUUGAGAACGUCCGUAACACCCUCCCUGGCUACAUGGCGCUAUUCUUCUACACACUCUCUGUCAAUGUCAUGGAAUACCUCCGACAAGACUCCGCCACGCGAUCCACUACACGGGCCUCUACAACCCUAGGAACAAUAGGGGCCUCCCUGCUCGGUCUAAUUCUCUACGCUACUCGCGAGAUCAUGACCUCGCCUCCGCCAUCUCCGGUGGUACCACUAUCCUCGCUCUUGAUCAUUCCCCUGCUUUCAUAUUGCUGCUACAGCAUGUCAUCAACCCAGGGAGAAUACGUCUCCUUGGAGAUCUCAUAUAACGCGACUUGGGUGCUUUCGACAUCGGUCGGAUUCUUCGUGUUUUCGCGGACUCCUUCGUGGACCGAUAUCGCAAUUGCUGCGACGCUGCUCGGCGGAAUAUACCGCUCCCAGCCGCAGUCCUCCCGGUACAAGGCGUUGUCCAUCACUCGCGAGGCUCGUUCGUACUUGAAGUCCAUAAUGGAGAACUCAGAAUCGAGAAAAAUAUUCUACUUCCUCCUGCUCAACCUGUGCUACAUGAUGGUACAGAUGCUUUACGGUAUCUGGACCAAUAGUCUCGGACUCAUCUCCGACGCUAUACAUAUGGGAUUUGACUGCCUGGCUAUCGCUGUAGGUCUGCUUGCGUCUGUGAUGGCGACUUGGCCUCCGAAUGAACGGUUUACAUAUGGGUACGCUCGAAUAGAGACACUUUCGGGAUUCGCGAACGGUAUUUUCUUGGUGUUGAUCUCGAUUUUCAUCAUCUUUGAAGCAAUCGAGCGUUUGCUGGAUCCGCCGGAGAUGAACACGAAUCAAUUGCUUCUGGUCAGCUCAUUGGGUCUCGGGGUCAACUUGUUCGGGAUGUUCGCUAUGGGAGGACAUCACCAUGGACACUCACAUGGGCAUUCUCACGGGCAUGAGCACGAGCACGAUCAUUUGCAUGGACAUGAGCACCAUGACGAGCACGCUCAUCAUCAUCAUGCCGAGGAAAGCCAGCAUGAACACAGUCAUGGCGACAUUCAUGUACAUGAACACGAACAUUCUUGCGAUCAUAGUCAUGACCAUGAAGGCCAUGACCACGAGCACGAGCACGCCCAUAGUCAUGAACACGGGCACGCCCAUAGCCACUACCAUGAAGAUGACCACCAUGGCCACGAUCAUGGCCCCUCUGCGCACGUACAUCGCCCAUCAAUCUCACUCAACGAGUCGCCUUCACCUUCGCGAGGAUCGAUCCCCAGACCAUUAGCAAUUUCGCCACAUAAUUUCGGCCCAGCAUCGCAUUCAUCGGAUGAAUUCAUGGAGGUACCCUCCUUACAUGAUAGCGUCAAGUCACCUAUCACGCCCAGCUAUCGAUUCGGCCACGACGAACAUUUUGCGACGCACGAACAUUCGCAGCAUAAGGCGAACUUGCACGACCACUCGCAUAUACACGACCAUCAUUCACAUGAAGGCCAUAGCCACAAUAUGCGCGGUGUCUUUUUGCACGUCAUGGCGGAUACUCUCGGUUCUCUUGGAGUUAUUAUUUCGACGUUGUUGAUACAGUUCUAUGGAUGGACCGGCUUCGACCCAAUCGCCUCUCUUUUCAUCGCCAUCCUGAUUGCAGCGAGCGUCAUCCCUCUGAUCAUCGAUACAGGAAAAGUUCUGGCCUUGGACGUUUCGGAACGUGACGCUAGCAUCGGGGAUGCCCUGUCCCAGCUGUCUUCUAUAGACGGCUUGAUGUCCUAUACGUCCCCCCAAUUCUGGCCGAAGGACUCUUCUAGUCUUAUCGGUUCGAUUCAUAUUCAACAGACAGCUUCGUCGUCGUCAAAAUACCCUGGUGCUUUGGAUCGCAUUACUGAAGGCGUGGACUCGCUGUUGCGGAAAAAGAUUCCUGGGUUGGAGGAGCUGACGAUCCAGGUCGAGGAGGCGGAUAUAAAGCUGUGAAUAAUUUGUAUAUUUUGACCG